AUGGAAUCAACUCUGGGCAUUCGAAGUAAUGAGAAUGGCGAACUGGGGAUUGGAAAUGCGGCAACACAGUUGCAGGACAUAAAGGAGGAAGAAGACGUCGAGUUAAGGCGAUUACACAGUGGUGUGAACGAUAGUAGCAGUAUUGGAGAGUCACAGAUGAGCGGUACGAAACCCGUAGACGAAAAGAUGGAGUAUGGAGUUAGUGUGGCUACGAGUGCAGCCAGUAGCGAUGAUGAGGAGAAGCAGGUUGUUGGAAGUAGGAGUAGAGACGAUCUCUCGCUUUUGCCACCUUUGCCCAAUACAUUCGAGAAAGUUAUCGAGGAUGAAGCAGGCCAUCAGGGUCCACUGCAGGAUCCUGAGACUCACAAGUCCGAUGAGCACUUCGAUUUGUCGAAGGCCUUAGAAAUUCCUGUGUCGUAUGCGAACAAUGCAGAGAGUACUACCAUUGAAAAUGGUGGGAGUGACUCUUCGUUGCCCUUGACACCAAAGAUAACGAGUCCCAAAUUGUCGUUGAAGAAGAAGUUUUCAAAUGCGACUCCUGUGGCGUUCCCAACGCCAAGAGAAGGUUCACCGGGUGAGAUAUAUGAGCCUAGAGCCCAUAGCAUUAGAAGCAAGAGUAAUUCAAACGCUACGGCGUUCCAACAUAUUCUUCCGGCUUUGAAUUUGGCUAUCGAAGCUUCCGCAAGCGAUCAUCACCACCACCAUCACUAUCACCACUAUCAAGUACGGCGGUCACAGGAUAGAAGAUCGAUAAGAAAGUUCAGUUUUGGUGAUAGCAGUAGUGAUAAUUCGAGUAAUUCGUUGACAGAUGCUGAGUUGUUGUACAGGAUGCCACCACCAAGUUUAAACCGAACUUCGAACUCGAGGUCGAGAUCGAAUUCAGGCGUGACAACGUCGUUUGACGCAUUGACGAACCCAACUACCGCUAUGAAUACACCGACUGCGUCGCUAUUGGAAGGAGAACCUGGCUCUAAAAAAGUACCACUGCUUAGGAGAGCAUCUAGUGCUAUUUUAAGGAAGGCUUCAAUUCGAGGCAAGAAUGAUAUCCUUCGUAGUAGCAGUGCUUCUACGACCCCGGUUUUGCAGAACAAACCCUUCUUCGAAACCCAAAGGACACCGCCCAAUGCUAACAGGUAUGCCAGUUCCAUGAUAUAUGGCGACAAUAAUUCGGAUGACGACCUUCAGUAUGUGACACAGAUUGAAGAUACUUCUCGGCCUUGUUCGAGGAAUCCGUCAAUACGGUCUAGGGUAAGGAGAGGUUUUUCGAGGAUAAUGAGCAGCAGUGGAUCCGUAUGUAGAGUGGCAUCGUCGGCCAGCUUACGGGAUUCUAGCGCAACAGACGAUGUUCGCACGCCAGUUAGUAGUGAAAAACCGAGGUACGAAAAUGAAGACUUAGAUGAUUCUUCGAGGCGUUCUUCACCACUCGAGAGCAGGAAACUGGAGAAUAUAUCUUCGGGGACUCCCAUAUCCGCUUCAACGUUCUUGAGUCCCGUAAAUUCGAAAGCGGUACAUCUGGCGGAUCAAAGAGCAGGCAUGGCUAUAAGUAAUGUGGAUUAUCAUAAAGAAUCGACAGGCGAAAACGGAAAUUUAGUGGGCAACAGUAAUGGAGGGAAAAAGGAAACAGGUUCAUCCCAAACGACCAGCGAGGGAGCUAAGGUGGCUAAGAAUAGUGAUGAUGACAUCGGCGAUGAUGUUACGGUUGACUUGGAUAAGCUUACACAAUCAAUACCUGUGAUCACAGUGACUGAUAAUGUGAGCUCCAAGCAUAUUAUGGAUAUUAAAGUGCAAUCGAACAUAUCGUUGGAUGAGGUUUAUCGGGGCAAAAACUACAAGAAUUAUAGAAAGUACAUCGGAGGUACGCGUGAUAGAGAUGAUGAUUCCAAGAAGCCAGAGAUGAUGACAUUGCGUGAAUACGUAGAGGUUUUGGUCAAACAGCAACAAAUCGAAGAUGAAAGGUUAGCUGUCUUGGAGAAGAAUUUCAAAGAUUCUGGCUGGUGUUCAAAAGAAGACCUAAUGAACUUGAAGCAAAAAAGGAUCAUCAUCAGCAAGAAAUGGGCAGAAAGAAUUUCAUUCUACCAAAAUAAGUUGGACCUCUGA